UCUUAUAAGAUCGAUCGAGUUACAUACUUCACAAAUGAGGGAUAUCGGCUGUCACUAACCGCGCAGAUCUGCGACUUUUUUUUAUGGAAAAUUUGAUUACAGAAUGUUAAAAUAUAUCGGACGCUGCUACAUGUUUAUUUGGGAAGAAUUGGUGGUUAUUUUGUUGAUAAUGCUUUAGCGCCAGAAAUUAAGACAAUCUACCUCCAGCUGUACCGUCAAUAGUCGCUUCUCUCAUUAGUUAAAAAUGGUGGUUCUUGCAGCAUCCAUCAUAAGCAAAUCUGGAACGGCACUUGUCUCAAGGCAGUUUGUAGACAUGUCACGAAUUAGAAUUGAAGGACUACUUGCAGCAUUCCCAAAGUUGGUUGGAUCAGGAGGAAAGCAACACACAUUUGUAGAGACUGAGAAUGUUCGAUAUGUGUAUCAACCCAUAGAAGCUCUCUAUCUGCUUCUUAUUACUAACAAGCAGAGUAAUAUUGUUGAAGAUCUUGGAGCUUUAACUUUGCUGGCUAAACUUAUUCCUGAAUAUUCGCCUUCUUUAGAUGAAGAGGGAGUUUGCAAGGCAGCUUUCGAGCUGUUAUUUGCUUUUGAUGAAACUAUUUCUCUUGGUUACAAGGAAAAUGUGACAGUUGCACAAGUAAAGCAGUAUUGUGAGAUGGAGAGUCAUGAAGAGAGACUGCACAAGCUGGUAAUGCAAAGUAAGAUUAAUGAAACUAAGGAUGUCAUGAAGCGAAAAGCCAGUGAGAUUGAUAAAAACAAGCUUGAUAAAAGCAAAGGUGAUAAAGGAGGCUUUAUGUCUCUGUCUGGUUCAAAAAAUUUCAGUGAUUUGACUCUAUCUAGUAGUGGUGCUGGCUUUGGAAGUGGUUCUGGACUUGAAGUUAGCACAGUAGAUUCGGAUUCCUAUUCUAGCAAGUUUAAAGGUCGUCAUGCAGCACCUACUACUGCUACCUCAAAGGGCCUUGGUAUGCAACUAGGCAAAACACAACGUGCCAGCCAACUCAUGCAGUCUCUACAAGCUGAAGGGGAAGUGAUCCUUGAUGAUGUGCCACCUACUGUUGGUCAAGCCAAAUCAUCCCUUCCACCAACAGAUCCUAUCACAUUGAUCAUUGAAGAAAAGCUUAAUAUUAUUACGAAAAGAGAUGGUGGCGUCACCAAUUUUGAUGUACAAGGCACUCUGUCCCUGCAGAUUCGUAAUCAGGAAGAUGGCCUUAUCCAAUUUCAGAUUGAAAACCAAGACAUACCUGGCCUCAACUUUAAAACCCAUCCUAACAUCAACAAGGAACUAUUCAAUAACCGCCAUAUUAUUGGCUUGAAGGAUCCAAAUAGACCAUUCCCCACUGGUCAAAAUGAUGUUGGCCUGAUGAAGUGGAGAAUCCAGGGCAUGAACGAGUCUUCAUUGCCGUUGACUGUUAAUUGCUGGCCUUCAGUUUCUGGAAGAGAGACUUCUGUUAACAUAGAGUAUGAAGCUACUGAGAGGUUUGACUUGCAAAAUGUGGUGAUAUCCGUUCCUCUUCCUGCAGUUCGGGAGCCACCAAAUGUGUUGCAGAUUGAUGGUGAAUGGAGGUAUGAUGCUAGGUCAUCUGCAUUGGAGUGGUCGAUUCUUCUUAUUGACAACACUAAUAGAAGUGGAUCAAUGGAGUUCGUUGUGCCUUCAGCUGACCCUUCUGCUUUCUUCCCCAUCACCAUCGGAUUUACUGCAGCAAAAACAUUUAGUGAUGUAAAGGUUGUGAAUGUGAUUCCUUUAAGAGGAGGUGCUACCCCGAAGUAUGCUCAGAGGAUACAACUAGUCACCGACAUUUACCAAGUUGUUUGAUAUUCAAGUGGAGGUCGCCAGCAGAAAAAUCAGAUUCCCCUAUACUAAGUUUUGUGAGCAUCUGAAGAACUUUGUUCGCUGAAAAUCGUCUUCACUAGUAUUGCUUUUUGUUAUAAAUUUAAAAAAUUGUGGUUCAUACGAGAGACUUCUAUUUACUUAACAAUUACAAUGCUAAGUAAACUGAGAAUGAACAUGGGAAGAUGGAUUAUGUCCAAAACAAAUGGAUGAAUGAGAAAACUAGCAUGAGUUUAUCCGGAGUUGUCAUCAACUGGAAUGAAAUUGGGUGUGUUUUAGUUGGGUGAGGUUGAGCUUGUUUCCAACCUGCUGCCUUUUAUUAAAUUGAAACAUGACAUGGGAGCAGAAAAUUAUGAAAAUGUGCCAAUUAAAAAAAUUAACUU